UGAAUAAAGAGUAGGAAGGGAAGCCUCACCAUCCAAACUAGACGACCUCCUCCCUCAGGAAAGCCUCAACCCACCGAACCACCCCAGUCCCCACCCUUAAACCUACUCCUUUCCUCUCUCUAUAUCCACUCCUCCAUCUUCUCCCUCGCCCUAUCGUGCUUCAAACGAAAUCCGAAUUCCAAUUCCUUCUCCGAUAUGCUUUUCGCUCGCCGGAAGUCGUCGUCUAUUUUCACGCCGGAGCCGUUCAUGAUGAAGCAAGCAGCGUUUAAUGGCCGGAAGAACGGCAACCUCUCGAUCUUCGUUGUCGUCUUCUCGGUCUUCCUCUUCGCCCUGUUCAUGUACAACGAGGACGUCAAGUCCAUCGCCGAGUUCCCUUUCUCCUCCAGAAGCAGAGCCAAGUCCCAGGAGGUCGUCUCCCACCAGCAGCAAGACCUCUCCUCCACCCAACAAGAAGACCCCCAGGCGGAGAACCACCAACCAAGCGGCCAGCCCAAGAGCACGGAGAGGUCAACGACGGAGGUGGAACCCCGCCGCCAAGACGAGCUAGAGAAGAGUCGCCGCACCAAGGUGGUUUUCGAGGACGAGAACGGCCCUGGGAUUCGGCUGCCGGUGAUCAAGCAGGAGGCCCGCGAGGGGCGAGUGGCCCAGCCGGAGCCCAAGGAGAAGGCCAAAGACGAGGAGAGGUCGGGCGAGGCGGAGGUCAAGGAGGAUCGGACGGUGGUCCUGGAGCGAACGGUGGUGAGCGUGCCGGAGGGGUGCGACCUGUUCACCGGCCAGUGGGUGUACGACAACGUGACAAGCCCAAUUUACAAGGAGCACGAGUGCGAGUUCCUCACAGAGCAGGUUACGUGCAUGAGGAAUGGCAGGAAGGACGAUACCCACCAGAAGUGGCGGUGGCAGCCUCGGGAUUGCAACCUGCCUCGGUUCGAUGCGAGGAUAUUCUUGGAGAGGCUAAGGGGGAAGAGGCUGAUGUUUGUGGGGGACUCGUUGAACCGGAACCAGUGGGAGUCCAUGGUGUGCCUGGCCCAGUCCGGCGGUAUUCCGGGCAAGAAGACGCUUGUGAAGAACGGCUCGCUCAAUGUCUUCCGAGUCGAGGAGUACGAUGCAGCGGUGGAGUUCUACUGGGCGCCGUUCCUGGUGGAAUCGAACUCGGACGAUCCAAACUUGCACAGCAUUCAGAACCGGAUCAUCAUGCCGGAAUCGAUCAACAAGCACGGGAAGAACUGGAAGGGAGUGGACUACCUCAUCUUCAAUACCUACAUCUGGUGGAUGAACACCUUCAACAUGAAAGUCCUGCGAGGGUCGUUCGACGAGGGAGCAACGGAGUAUGAUGAGGUAGACCGGCCUAAAGCCUACAGGAGGGUCCUCAAGACAUGGGCUAAGUGGGUGGAAAAGAAUGUGGAUCCCCAGCGAACGAUGGUGUUCUUCAUGAGCAUGUCUCCUAACCAUAUCAAGAGCGAGGAGUGGGACAACCCAAACGGGAUAAAGUGCGCACAGGAGACGCAACCAGUGACGAACCUGCCGCACGCGCUGGACGUGGGGACGGACUGGCGGCUAUUCGACGUGGCGACGAACGUGACGAGGUCCAUGAGGAAGGUGCCGGUCUGGUUCCUCAGCAUCACCGCGCUGUCGGAGCUCCGGAAGGACGCGCACACCUCCGUCCACACGCUGCGGCAGGGAAAGCUGCUGACGCCGGAGCAGCAGGCGGACCCGGCCACCUACGCCGACUGCAUCCACUGGUGCCUCCCGGGCCUCCCGGACAUCUGGAACGAGUUCCUCUACGCCCGCAUCGCCUCCAGCCCUUGGCGCAUCUGAUCCAUCAUGCCUCUUUUUUUGUCGUUACACUUCCUCUUUUCUUUUCUUUUCUUUCCCCUUUGAUGAUUUUAUUUUUUAAAUGUUCGUAUUUUUGGGAACAUCUGGGGGUGGCGUGGCAGACUGCUAAUGGCAUGGAAGAGAGAGCUUAUAUUAUUAGGACGUUCGGAACGGACUGGAGAGGGCGUUCGCCUGUUGAUAUGAUGGCUGCCACCGCCACGCUGUUGGUUGUGACACAUGGCUUCCUCUAAUUGUAUAUUUCAUUUGCACUUGGA